GGAGCACGGGAGUUGCGUGUGUUUGGAUACCAAGCCCGUUUAGGAAACCGCCGCCUCAUCACCUCGAACGACGAGCACGGUCACUUUCCAGUUCCCUUGCAGGGUAGCUUCAUGUCACAUUCUCUCUAUCCAUGGCCCAGGCACGACGACGCGUAUCCUAUGUUAUAUUGCCUCCCGACGGGCCUGUUCCUCGCCUGCAACUACCUCCCCAUGGCGUAUCGCGGUUAGGUUGUACCGGCCCGUUGCUCAGACAGGCCAGUGGCUAUGGACAAGAUGAAGACAUACCGAAGCGUGCCAGACAUCCACGCCAUCGUCUAGGCGUUGCUUCUCUGGCACUGGAUACUUCGACUCAGCUUACAGGCCGGAGUGCUCCGGAAGGCAUUCUUUACUCUGGUGGCAGAGAUGGAAUGGUGAUUUCGUGGGACUUAGGGAUACCAAUGAAGAAGAGAAAGCCGAAACAAGAUAUUAGUGAUUUUCGUCGCGGUGUCGGACGCUGGGAGCUCAUGACAGGCUGGGGCGACGAUGUUAUUGCGGAGGAAGCUGAAGAUGCCGAUGACCGACCCACCAGCGACGGCGACGUGUUGGGGGAUGUUACCGCGUUUUCUAGUAGACGACGGCGGCUUUCUCAGUUUUCUAUUCCCUAUGAGCAACAGUGGGAAACGGACGUGGAUUUAUUCAAGCCGGGACAGCCGAGCCAUUUCCGUCAGUCUGCCCAGUUACAUAUGGAUUGGAUCAAUGAUAUAAUUCUGUGCAAUCAUAAUCAGACAGUGGUUUCCGCGUCUUCGGACGGCACAAUCAAAGCAUGGAAUCCUCACUCCUCCACCGGUUCUGAGCCAUCAAGGAUCGGGGUCCAUAGCGAUUAUGUACGCUGUCUAACUCAUUGCCGAGAACAGAACUGGAUCGCCUCUGGGUCUUUUGACCGUACAAUCAAGCUGUGGGACCUUGGCCGAUCGUCGAACCCGGAUCCUCUGAUUACACUCAAUCCUGCGGCUGCUACGGCACCAAAGUCGUCGGUCUACGCGAUUGCUGCGGAUCCAUAUGGCCAUUCUAUAGCAUCUGGGUCCCCAGAGCGUGUUGUUCGAUUAUGGGAUCCUCGUUCCGGUAAGAGGACAGGAAAACUAGUGGGACACACAGAUAACAUCCGAGCCAUUUUGAUAUCUGAGGACUCGAGGUACCUGCUUACGGGUUCUGCUGAUGCGUCCGUAAAACUAUGGUCUCUAACGUCGCAGAAGUGCCUACACACCUUCACACAUCACACCGAAUCUGUCUGGUCUCUUUUCUCUUCUCACCCCUCCCUGGAGAUAUUCUAUUCCGGGGACCGAUCGGGACUUGUCUGUAAAGUUGACGUUGAGGACUGCUCGGAUGUUGCUGAAGGAGAAUGUAUCGUGCUUUGCCAAGAUUCUGGACAAGGCAUGCCAUCUUCUGAGGGGAUCAACAGCAUUGUAGCUAUGGAUGACAAUCUCCUGUGGACAGCCACAGGUAAUUCGAGUAUCCAUCGGUGGCGGGUACCGCAGAAACGUUCUAUUCGUGCGAACGCGCUCUUAGCAGACGUUGAACCCGAUCGUCACGACAACAGUCCGGUGGCCAUAAUGCGAAGGCAGCGUCGUCAGAAUAGUGCUGAAGAGUCGGUCGACACCGUCGGGCCAGCACCAGCUCCCCGUAAUUCUAUGACGCCCUCUAUUCAGUCUCUUAGCUCAGACAACUGGCUUCCGCAGCGUGGACGUGAGGACGAAACGACCUUGUACGGCAUACCUUUCGCAAGCCUGGUCAAGCUUGUUUCUGCAAGCGACCCUUUCACUUCAUAUUCGUCUUCUACCCGAGGUCGAGAUCCAGAGGUCGCAACGUUGUACUCCGCUGCUUCCGUCAUGUCUGUACCACGAUCCAGUCUGCCAAUUCAUUCAGUCUUACGUGUUCAUACGAGUCCUAUUCGAAGUUCGAAAACAGGGGAUACGGUCCAGCCUGCACCUACUGCACACACAGAAUACGAGGAGCGAGAGAUAGCAGCAGAUGCUAAGCCUCUUCUUGCCUCUCCCGACAAUGUGAUUCAAGGCGAUCACGGGCUUGUCCGAUGUAUCAUUCUCAAUGACCGGUUGCAUGCUUUAGCUGUUGAUACGUCAGGUGAAGUAGCGGUCUGGGACAUAGUAAGAUGUUUCUGCCGGGGAAAAUUUAGGCGGGAGGAUGUCGCUGCAAUUAGCCAUCGAAGCAGCUCAGUGGCGGGAAGCAGUGGCGGAGAGAAAGAGCGCAGCCCUCGAGAAGUGCUGGAUAGCGUUAGAGAGCGAGUUGAAGGCGAGGGCGUUGCGUUGCCAUGGGCUACUGCUGAUACCAAAGCUGGUGUAUUGGUGAUUAACAUGGAUGAGAAAUGUUUUGAGGCUGAGGUAUAUGCAGAUGAAGUUGGAUUCGCCCAUGACCGACAUUUUAACGAUGAAUCAAAAUUGAAUAUUGGGAAAUGGGUUCUGAGAAACCUGUUUCUUGGCUUCAUUCGAGAGGAACAAAGAAUGCGUCGUCAUCGUGAUCGCCGUGGAAGUGAAGAUAGCCAUCAUUCCACAUCUCCUGAUCGUCACCGGCGAUCAGUGAGACCAAGUGCGACUGUUAUCGCAUCAUCACAUAUGAUUCCAGCAGUAUCUCCGACUAUAUCCUCAACAUGUUCAUCCCCUCUUCUGUCUCCAUUGAUACCUCUCCAUCCGAUUGGACAAGAGAGCAACGUAGUUUCGCCUGCCGCACCCCAGUCUUCUACGCUAGCAGGUAACGACAAUGCUACUCCUACGCCCCGCAUACUUACGCACCAGCGGCUUCGAUCUACCACUAUCGACGGAAGUACACCUACCGGGUCUUCUACACCCAAAGAGGGAGACUACUUUUCUGUGAGAAGGCAAAUUUCAUCGCAGACAUCGGAUGAAUUGUCCGGAUGGUCUGCGCAGCGGUCGGAGCCAAUAUCACAAAGUCCGAGUACUCCUGGUGGGUUUAUAGGCCUUUUUAAGAAUCUCGGAAAGAGCAAGAGACCUGUCAGUGACGUUGGUCCUUCUACCACCCCCAUUCCUGGCGUCGUUGCAGCUACAAGUGAAACGCAGACCCCCACCGCCGAUCAAGAGUUUCUCAGUGAAUCCGUUGUAGAAGUCGCGAAAACACCGUUACAGAGACUCCUUUUGGAGAACUGGUCCCCACCUUCAUCGACUGAAGCGCCACCAUACAGUCUGCCGUCUAACCUAACUAUUUUGAUUUCUGAAGAAGGAUCUCCUAACUAUAACGCUGUUUACCAUGGCACCAUCGGUUCCGUCGCUCAUGAUACACAAGCCUUAGAGGAAGCCAUGCCCAUGUGGCUCAUCGAAUAUUUGCUCUUGAACAAGGCACCUGCACCUGUUCAGGUGAAAAUCAGCUUUGUUCUCCUACCUUAUCAUUCUAAGGAUCCCGACGCGGAACCUCUCCCAGAGCUUAUCAAUACUGCUCAAUCAAAGCUCACUGCCAACCGCUUCCUUCGUGUGCGCAAGCUCAUAAUCCAUGUGCAGGAAAAGCUGGACAAAAUAUCUUCGUCUUCCAAUUCAAGAGCGGCGUCAAUACGAUCUUCAGUAGACAGCGCCGGACAUCACGAGCGCGCAAGAUCACCACGACCUAGAGCAGAAGACUUGUACGAAAUCUUGUGCAACGAUAUUCUUCUCCCAUUAGACAUGAGCCUAGCAGCUGUGCGCUACUAUGUGUGGAAGCAAUCGACAGAACUGACGAUGCAUUAUCGGAGAAAACUGUCAUAGAAGUCCUCCCUGAAUGUUCUGAUCUAUCACAAUGCCGCGGGGGCAUUAGACUGUACAUUAAUUUAUUAGGCGUAGUUAACUUUAUGCGUGCAGUACACUGUAAGAGCACGGACAAUCCGGGGGAUUAUAUUCCAUAGAACAAUUUGGCGCCAAAGUUGAUGUUUAAUUCUACCGAUAAACACUUUCUAAUUACUUAUACUACUUAUACUUCCAGAAGUCAUAUUCGUUGGCUGCUUAGCCCUUGA